CUUAGUCCUUACGUCUCGUAUAAGCCUGAAACAAAAAGCCGAACAAUCUUCUCGCAACCAAAAUAUCAUCCGACCGGAGAAAAGUUAAGCACAGCAGAAAUGGAUCUGAGAGAAAGCGUCAUCAACCAAAACGACUUCGCUCUGGGGCUGACGAAGCAGCUGCUUCAGACCGAAGGCAAGCAAUCGACCCUCGUGUACUCGCCGCUGUCCAUCCACGUGCUGUUGAGCCUGAUUGCGGCCGGGUCAAAGGGUCCGACUCAGGACCAGCUGCUGUCUUUUCUCAAAUCAAAGUCCACUGACCACCUCAACUCCUUCGCCGCCGAGCUCGUGUCCAUGAUCUUCUCCGAUGGGUCUCCUAGCGGCGGCCCCCAUCUCUCGUUUGCGAGUGGAGUAUGGGUGGACAGGUGUCUCCCUCUGAAGCCUUCUUUUAAGCAGGUGGUGGACACCUCUUACAUGGCUGCUCUUGCCCAAGUCAAUUUUCAGACCAAUGCUGCUCAAGUGGCCUCGGGAGUGAAUUCAUGGGCUGAAAAGGAGACGAGAGGCCUUAUCAAGGAGGUACUUCCUCCUGGGUCAGUUGACAGCUCAACCAGGCUCAUCUUUGCAAAUGCAUUAUACUUCAAAGGAGCUUGGACUGAAAAGUUUGAUGCAUCACAAACUAAAGAGCAUGACUUCCACCUUCUCGAUGGGAGCACAGUUCAGGUGCCAUUCAUGACCAGCAGGAAGAAACAGUAUGUAAGUUCCUUCAAUGGUUUCUCAGUCUUAGGGCUUCAUUACAAGCAAGGUGAAGACAAGCGGUGUUUCUCCAUGUACAUCUUUCUUCCCGAGGCGAAAUAUGGGCUCCCAGCUUUGGUUCAGAAACUUGGUUCUGAGUCCGGGUUUUUGGAUCGCCAUCUUCCCAAGCAAAAAUCUGCAGUGGGUGAUUUCAGAAUUCCAAAGUUUAAGAUCUCAUUUGGGUUUGAAGCUUCCAAUGUCCUUAAAGGUCUGGGACUGGUGCUGCCAUUCGGUGGUGAAGGAGGUUUGACGGAGAUGGUGGAUUCGCCCGAGGGUAAGAACUUGUACGUUUCCAGCAUAUUCCAUAAGUCGUUCAUCGAAGUGAACGAAGAAGGCACAGAAGCUGCAGCUGCGACUGCCGGGGUUAUUAAGUUUUUGUGCCUGGAAGUGCCAAGGACGGUUGACUUUGUGGCUGAUCGUCCAUUUCUCUUCUUGAUCAAGGAAGAAUUGACCGGAACUGUGCUUUUCAUCGGGCACGUACUCAAUCCUCUUGCAGGCUGAGCGUUGUUAUUCCCUGUAAAAGGCAAAUGUAUCCGUAGAACUACGCGAGAUUAUAUAUAAAAUGUAUGAUCAUCUCUAUUAAAAUAAAUGUAUGAUCAUCAUGUUCACGU